AUGACGAAAGUUGCUGUAAUCCUCCGAAUAGCUUCAGUGAUGGAUGCCAAAGCGAAGAAGAAGGCGAUGUUUCGCUCUAAACUCAACGCCAAGAAGAAAGACACCCGCAUAGAUUCUCCUCUCGUCAGGUACAACGAAUCAGACCAGCCCGUGUGUCGAGUGUGCAACGUCGUGUUGAAAUCCGAAUCACUAUGGGAUGUACACCAAGCUUCUCGUAAGCAUCACGAGGCAAUCGAUAAUCUAAAGGCUAGUGCAGCAGGAAUUCAACGGGGUAGCAAACCUGUUGAAACUCAGCCAACAAAACUUGAAACUUUGGCUACAACAUCCAAGUCUCAGACAUCAUCUGCUAUAAGAAAUCCUGAAACUGCAAAACCGGAGAAUGUACAGCAACCAAAGCAGACUAUAGGUUCGGAAGCAAAAAAGACAAAGGGACCUCUUCCAGACGGAUUCUUCGAUAAUCAGAAGGCUGAUUCUUCAGAUACCAAAACCACCAGCGAGCCUAAGCAGAGUCAGACACAGACCACGGGUGGUUCAGAAGCGAAACCAGUGGUGAAAGGAGCCCUUCCGACCGGUUUUUUCGAUAAUAAGGAAGCUGACCUGCUUGCCCGUGGAAUAAAGAUCGUCAAACCAGAUAUUAAGGACGAAUAUAAAGAAUUCGAGAAGUUGAUUGAAGAAGAUCUGCAGGUAGUGGAUAAUCGUAUGGAAGAAGAAGAGGUUGAUGCUGCGGAAACUAUACAAGAGGAGGAACAACGAGAGCAAAGAUCUUACAACGAGAAAGUGGAGAUUCUGAAGAGGAGAAAAAUGGAACUGAAAGCGGCUAGAUUAGCUAAGCGCAGUAAAACCUCUGAGGGGUCUGUUAAGAAGCCGAAGAUGACCGAAGAUGAAUCGCCCAGCGACGAUGAGGAUGACGAGGGUUCAGCUUUUGAUUGGAGAGCUCAACAUGUUUGA